AUGGAAUCGUUUAUAGUCUGAUAACGGGUUUCACACCGUACAGAAAAUUAAACAAACAAAAUUUUGAUUGAAAUUUUCGUUUAUAGUCUGAUAUGGGUUUCACACCAUACAGAAGGAAUUCAAAAUUGGUUGUUUUUUGAAGCAAAAAAGAAAAUCUACCAAUUUGCUUGAACUUUUUCCAAAAAAAUUUCAAAGAUCGUAUUAAUAUGCAGAAAUUAAGGUGAAAAAUCGAUCAAAUAUCCAAACAAACUGUACUCAGGUCGCUUCUACACACUAAAAGUUCACUACAAAAUUUUGAAGUUGGUCCAAAAUCAAACUACUUGAAAAAUAGUAAGAAAAAGAAAGAAAGGAAAAUUUAACUAAAAGAAACUAAAAACAAAUAAAAACGCUACUAAAAUACAAACGAAAAUAAAAGAAAAAUAUCUAGAAAUCAUUGAAAAUUUUGAAUAUCGCAGUCUCAAGGUCCAGGGUAAACUGUUCCUGGGACUGCGACAAUCGUAACACCAAAAAUAUUUACAAUCUACAUUAACUUUGAAAUUUGGUUCUGCUGGCAAUUCCGUAUUGGGAACUGCCGCAGUUGGUUCCAAAUCAAUUAUAACACUUUGAAUUUGGUUAUCCGACAGUGAACCCGACGGAGUCGGAUCCACCACAGAUUCGUCCGAUAGGUUCGAAUUGAAAUAGUUACACAUUGAAUUUGGAUCUGCAAGUGGAUCCGUUUCCAGAUCCACCGCAGAAUGGUCGAAAAAGUUGCUCAAGUCAUCCGACGAUGAUUCCGGAACCGGGAUCGCAUCGUAGGCUAAUUCCGCCAGCGAUCGCGGUCCCGGAAACACCACAGACGGUUCAAAAAUACGAAUUCUUAUACCUGCCAGUGGUUCCGGGACCGAAAUCGCCGCGAAAGCUAGUUCCGCAAGCGAUCUCGGCCCCGGAAGCACCGAAUUCCGGCGAAUUUCGUUUAUUAUUCCGAACCAUUCUUGAACGGUGGCCUCAGUGGCCACAUCGAGGUAGACUGUUUGACGUUCGGCCCGGCUCGCGCAAGCAAAGUUUGGCCGAGGGCGGGGCUUCGGUCGCGGCUCCCCUCGCGCUGUACUGCUUCGCCAACAGCCAAAUCAGCACUGCCCUCAAGCUGCUGUACCGCGCCCGGUAUCUGGCCACGAUCGUGUGCGGCGACAACCACCCGGACAUUGCCCUGCUGGACAGCAACAUCAGCUUGAUUCUGCACGCCGUCGGAGAGUACGAACUGUCGCUGCGCUUCCUCGAGCACGCCCUCGCCCUGAACAUCAAGUACUACGGUGAAAAGUCCCUGAAGGUGGCCGUCAGCUACCACUUGGUGGCGCGGACACAGAGCUGCAUGGGCGACUUCCGGUCGGCGCUGAACAACGAGAAGGAAACGUACGCCAUCUACAAACAGCAGUUGGGUGAGGCCCACGAAAAGACCCAGGAAUCGUCCGAGUGUCUGCGCCACCUAACCCAGCAAGCGGUCGUCCUGCAGAAGAAGAUGAACGACAUCUACUCGAACGGCAAGCUGACGACGGGUCUGCCGCCGAUUCACAUCCAGCCACCGUCGAUGGGCUCGGUGCUGGACAUGCUGAACGCAAUCAACGGUAUUAUCUUCGUACAAAUUAGUUCCAAAGAGAUUGCCAACCUGAAGAACGAGAUCGAGAAGCGCCAAAAGGAGGGCGGUGCCGCGGGAGAAUCCAGCGUGGCGCAGGCCAACCAGGAAGAGGUGGACCGCCUGCUGACGGAGACGAUGGCCAAAACGGCGGCCGGCAUCCCGUUCGAAGAGCAGGACAAUUACGAGCUUCCCAUGCCAGCGGCGACGACCGGUGAUGAGGCCAGCAGCAGUAGUAAAGCCAACCCGGUGGCCUCGUCCAGCUGAAAAUCUGGCCGCUAUUUAACUCAUCAUCCCGCGCGGCACUGAAAAGAACACACACACACAAAAGCACACUUUUCUACUGAAAACACACAACUUACUUAUACAAUAAUCAUCAAGAAGGAAGGAAGGAAGGAAGAAGUUAGUUCUUUAGUUGAGUUGAGAGAACAUAUAGGUUGCGUUUGUUUUUUCCCUAGUUGGUACGCUCCAGAGGUUAGUUUUAGGAGCGGAUUUAGAAGUUGAACUUUAGGUUUGUUAAACGUGAGUAGAAGAUGAAGGAGAAAACUUUGUUCAAUAAGUCUCGCGCGAUCACAUCUUCUUUUUCCAACUCAUUAUUAUUUCCUAUUUUUUUUACUUUUAAUUUUAGAGAGCUAGACGCUUUUUUCCGUAGAGUUUUAGAAUGUUAUGCAGCUUAAACGACGCACAUAAAGAAACGAUUUCCGUUUUGCCACCACAUUUUGUAUACUUUCGCGAUUCUCUUUGUUACAAAAGUAAACAAAUUAAAAGAAAACAUGUUACAUGAAAAACGGUUAAACCAAACUAAAAGACACCGUGCAAUAAAAAAAAAACACAUAAACAUGCUUGCAAUAAAGAAAAAAGGAGAAAAAUUGAAAAUAUAUCACCAAAAACUCAUUCAAAAUGCGCUCUAGUCAGCGAUGUUCAUCAACUGAAAAGCAUGAAAAAAAACAAAUCCAUAAUUAUACCCAAGAAGGAAAAAAAGCAAAUUAUGCAAACAAAACCCCAAUUUAAAAAAACACAACUCUCCUCUUAGGUAGUCGGUAGGAUUCUGAAAGAGAAAAGAAGAAAAAAACGGAACAAGAUUUUAGUUUCUAGUUAGUGGUGCCGAAGAAGGUGCGCAACUGACUGUGGAAGUGUGAAUCAUACACAAGCAAGCAAGCAAACAACAAUACCAAGUAGAGAAACCCAUGUAGACUUUCGAAUUGUGAGGAAAUACAUUAAAUUCGCGAAGAAUGAUUGAAAAUGA